CGGGUCGAUUAUACAGACCAACUCGACACGACACACGUUUUCGUGCGUUCAUCUUAUCGCUCCGUCCAGGGCAAAGCUAUACCUAGAGAACAGUGCCCCAGACAGACAGAGCAAAAUCGGCCACAAAGACAAACUGACCAAAUACGACCGACCGCCACUCCCUCCCUCCUUGCACCACACCACACUCACUACUGCACGCAUCAUCCCACUGCCAUGGACAUGGUCUUGAGAGUCACUCCCGGCCCCUCGACGACUUCAUGCCCACAUUUGAGAUCCUCUUGCGGCCACCGCGGAUCUCGGCUUUGGGCGUCAUCUCUGCAGACAAGGCAGAACAGCAGCCACGAUGCUGACAACUGAAAUGACUGACCAGCCAUCUUGAUCACUGUCUGUGCAUUCACACACCUUGGAGCUGCUUGUCCUCAGUCUCAUGCAGACCAGUAGUGGUGGACUGAGCCGAGGAUGAUGAAGCGCUGGCCGCUGCACACAAACAAACAUACAAACAUACAAACAUACAAACAAACAAGAGACAUGCAGGAGAAACGCACAUACCUUGCUGCACGUUGUCCGUCUUGCCACUGAGACGCACCAGACCGGUGCUCUCAAUCUCACUGGCCGCUGACCGCAUCGGCCCUGCAAUGACAAGCAAAAAAGGAGAGAAAAAAUCGGAAGGGUCUCCGUCAGUUUUCUCUCGUGCUGUGUGUUUGUGUGUGUGUUGUUAGCAGUGUGUUCGUACCCGUGCAGCUGGAGUUAGUGUCGGCCGGCCCUGUCGAGGCCUCCGAUGCUGCCGACACGCAGCACAGCAGACAGACAAAGGACAGACAUAAGCAAUGAGCAAUGAGGAAUGAGUGCCUCGUGCCAUUUUGCCGCCCACCCUGCUGAGUGGCGGCCUCUUCCUCCCCACACACGCUGUUGGCCUUCUCAGUCUCACAUCCACCUGAAGCCGAGGGCCCUACACACAGAGGACAGAGGUGAAAGAAGGCCACGUCUCUCUCUCUCGAGAAAGCAUCUACCUGGGAUGUGGUCUGUGUCCAUCUCGGUGUGCGCGGCUGUGGGCUGCGAAGCCAAGAGGCGCCCCAGGUGUGCCUGCGGUACACAGACGGGCAGAUGAUGUCAUACACAUGAGCGGAAGAGCACCAACCUUGACGCAGCGCAUUCCUUGCGUACCACCGUCUGCACCAGUGCAGUGUUCUGCUGCAGCAGCCGACUGCACUCCUGGUGGUGGACAGACACAAGACACCCACCAAAACCAACGGACAUACAGACGACUUGGUCUGUCUGUGGUCUGCAGUGCAGUACCUUGUCUUUGUCGUCGCCCAUCUGCUCCAGCUCCCGGAUCUUGCGGUCCUUGUUGAUAAUCUGGUUCUUCAGCUCGGUGUUCAUCCGGUCAACUUUGCAGUACAUCCAAUUCAUCUCAAACCGGUUCACCUCGAUUUGCCGCUCGAGGCACAGGCGCCGCUCCUCCGCACGAGCAUGGUACUCCAACUACACACACACACACAACACACCGAGAGGCAGAGACCGCAUGGACAAAAGUAGAAGACAAGUGGGGAAGUGAGUUAAGAGCUUCGGUUGUCUGGGUGUGCUGACCUUUUCCUGGUCGUAUUUCUGGAUGGUCUUCUCCAUUUCGAUGUACUUGUUCUGGUCACUUGCCAGCUCGACCGGGUCGACGAAGACGAGCUCUCUGUACUCAGGCUCUGAAGAUCACACACACACACACACACACACACAGAGAGAGACAGAGAGAGAGAGACAUGCAUGAAAUCGAGUCGGUCUUUCAUCUCACCGUCUGUCUGUCCACUCCCCUGCGACUCUGAAAGGCACAUCGAAGACAGCUCAUGCGGAGAGACAGGUGCGCCCGACGCCCAUCAUUGCUGUGUGCAGCCCUCCUACCUGAUGUCGCUGAUCCCUCUUCCUCCGAGUCCCCUGUGGCCCAAACAUUGGCCUCUGAGUCACACACACACAAAGAGACACGGGGGCGUUCCUUUGCUCAGUGGCCAUUCCUUCCGUCUCAUCUCCUUCCGUCUCAUCUCAUCUCAUUUCACCUCCUGUGAGCAGGCCUGUCCGCUCGUUCUCCUCUUGAAGUUCCUCCUCCUCGUCGUUGGCCUCGUUGACCUCGUCGGCCUGGCCCUGGCCCUCCUCCUCCUCGUCGGCCUCGCCCUGGCCCUCCUGCGGAUCUGAAAGACCCAACGGAAACAGCUCAUACACAGAUGGGUGUGCGUGACCCACCAACCGCAGCCCCCUCCCUGCCCUCCUACCUUCCCGCGUGGCCUCGCCGUGGUUGGCGCCCUGUGCCUCCCGGGCGUUCUCCUCCUGGAUGGCUGAAAAAAGACCAGCCAAAUGAAGGCAGAGACGAGCGUAUGAUGGGCAAUGGCAUGCUUGGUGGUCUCAGUGUGUUCGUUCCGUCGGUCACCUGUCAGGAACGCCUCGUUACCCUUGAGAAGCUUCCGGCGUCUCUUCUCGGGGAUGAAGUUGGCGGCCAGAAAGAAGGCGCCGCCCAAUGCCAGCUCACCAAGAAGCAGGCCAAACAUCUUCGGUUCGUUUGGGG